AUGACUACAGAAGAGCGUGGAAAUUAUGAAACUGUGCAGAAUAAAUUCAAGGAAUACUUCACUGGCAAAAUAAAUGUGAUCUAUGAGAGAGCAAAAUUUAACUCCAGGAAACAAGAGCAAGAUGAGCCAGUUAAUGAUUUUAUCACUGCACUGUAUUCAUUGUCGGAACGCUGUGCUUUUGGACCUCUAAGAGACGAACUCAUUAGAGACAGAAUUGUAGUGGGAUUAAAAGACAUCAAACUGUCAGAGCGCCUUCAAUUACACGCAAACCUAACUCUGGAAAAAGCCAUAACUAUGGCCAGGCAAAGUGAAGCAGUGAGAAAACAGCAGGCAGAACUUAGGCAGGAAGAAGACGAAGACCUAAAGUUAGAUGCUGUACACAAAGAGAUGUACAGACAGGAUUCAACCAAAAAGCCAAAGUCAGGAAAAGGUGGGAAUUGGAAAAAUUUCCAGAAAACCCGUAAAGAGAAACCAAUGAAAUCAAACUGCAUGAGAUGUGGAAAAUCACCAUACCAUGUAAAGGAUCUCUGCCCAGCUAAAGAAGCUGUCUGUCAUCAGUGCAAAAGGACAGGGCACUAUAUGAGCCAAUGCCAUUCAAAGACCGUGCUUCAUGAGGUUAAAGAAGACUGUGAUUCAGAUGAAGGGCAAGCAUUCCUCGGAGCCGUAGAUUCAAAUACUCAGGGCUGGUACACAACCAUUCAGAUCUUGGAGCGACCAGUGAAAAUGAAAAUGGACACGGGGGCAGACGUCACAGCAAUACCAGAAUCCAUCUUUGUGCUGCUGUCCUCAAAUAAAAACACAGGUCUUAAGAAAACGCGCAAAGUACUGAUGGGACCAGGAAAGAAUGUCUUGGAUGUGAAAGGAGUAUUUUCUACCACCAUCUCGAAAAAUGAGAAAAAUGUAGAGGAAGACAUCUAUGUGGUCAAAAAUCUCUUCACACCACUUCUGGGCAGACAGGCCAUUGAAAAGCUUCACCUUAUCACAAGACUGGAUAACAUCACAGAAUGCCAGUGGCAAGAGAAAUAUCCAGAGCUUUUCACAGGCUUAGGUGAGCUGAAAGAGGAAUACUGUAUUAAAUUACAGCCCAAUGCAACACCGUAUUCUGUAAAUGUAGCCAGAAGGGUCCCAGUGCCAUUAAUGGAGAAAGUCAAAGAGGAGUUAUCCAGGAUGGUGAAGGAGGACAUCAUCAAGAAAGUUGAAGGACCUAGUGACUGGUGUUCGGGUAUGGUUCCGGUUCUUAAGCCUGACGACACAGUGAGAAUUUGUGUUGACCUGACUAAAUUAAACAGUGCGGUCAGACGAGAGAAGUUUAUUUUGCCCUCAGUAGACCAUACAUUAGGCCAGUUAGGGGGAGCAAAAAUCUUCACCAAAUUAGAUGCCAAUUCGGGAUUUUGGCAGAUCCGUUUGGCUGAAGAGUCUCAACGAUUGACUACAUUCAUUACGCCAUUUGGGCGCUAUUCUUUUAAGAGACUUCCAUUUGGGAUUUCUAGUGCUCCAGAGCUGUUUCAGAUGAGAAUGUGUCAGAUUCUGGAGGGACUAGAUGGAGUCACUUGCCACAUGGAUGACAUCCUCGUAUAUGGAAGGUCUCAAGAGGAACACGACAUCAGACUUGACGCAGCGUUGAAGAGGGUGCAGAGAGCUGGCCUGACGCUUAACAGAAAGAAAUGCGAAUUCGCAAAGACUGAAGUCAAGUUCCUAGGCCACAAGCUGUCCCUAGCUGGAUUACAGCCCGACCCAGACAAGCUGGCUGCGGUUCAAAAUAUGCGUGAGCCUAACAAUGUGUCUGAGGUACGCAGCUUUCUAGGAAUGAUGAACCAGUUGGGGAAGUUCAUUCCAGAUCUGGCAGAGAAAACAAAGCCCUUGCGAGACCUCCUCUCUCAAAAAAAUCUGUGGUCCUGGGAUGCACCACAGCAGGAGUCAUUCACAUUGCUAAAAAAAGAGCUGAUCACAACGCCAACUUUAGCACUCUUUGAUCCAAGCAAGGAAACAAAAGUCGCAGCAGAUGCAUCGUCCUUUGGUCUGGGAGGAGUGAUUUUUCAAAAGACCAAUGAUGAAUGGAAACCCAUUGCAUACGCGUCUAGAGCAUUAACUCCAACUGAGCAGAGAUAUGCUCAGAUAGAGAAGGAGACUCUAGCUCUUGUUUGGGCAUGCGAGCGUUUCAGCUGCUAUCUCAUUGGAAAGCAUUUCUUUCUCGAGACAGACCAUAAGCCUCUUCUCAGCUUACUGAGCACAAAACAUCUGGAUGACUUACCACCAAGGCUGCAAAGGUUCAGAAUGAGACUUAUGAGAUAUUCCUACGAGAUCAGCCAUAUCCCAGGGAAACAGUUCAUAACUCCAGACACACUGUCAAGAAUGCCCAUUGAGAGCGAAAUAACGGCUGAUGAUGCAACUCUAAUGGAGGACACAAAUAUUUACAUCGCCCAAAUAGGGAGAAGCUUCCCUGCCUCAAAGAGCCGCCUGGACAACAUUCGCCAGGAGCUAAAGAAAGACCCUGUUUGUAGCCAAGUAAUGAGAUUCCAUGAGCAUGGAUGGCCGAGAACUGUGCAGGCCAGUGACAAACUCAGACCAUACUGGCUGGAAAGAAAUAUGAUUUCCACCCUUGACGGACUGCUACUACAUGGGACAAGAUUGAUAAUCCCUGCCUCACUCCAAAGUUCAGUUCUCCUCCACAUUCACCAGGCACACCAAGGGAUAGAAAAAUGUCGCAAAAGGGCAAGACAGUCUGUGUGGUGGCCCGGUCUGAGUUCACAAUUGGGAACUAUGGUGCAACAAUGUGAUGAGUGUAGAAAGGUUUCCAUGACAGUUGUAGAGCCACUACAACCUACCGACUUCCCACCAUAUCCAUGGCAGAGAGCAGCUACAGACCUGUUUGAACUAAAGGGACAAAAGUACCUUUUAACUGUCGAUUAUUAUUCAAGAGAUGUCGACGUGGUCAAAUUGGCAUCAACUUCUUCUGCGACCAUAAUUGAACAUCUGAAAGCAGUGUUUGCACGAAAUGGGGUGCCGGAGAUACUAAUAUCGGACAAUGGGCCACAGUAUAGCAGUGCUGAUUUCCGGGAGUUUUCAAGAGAAUACGACUUUCAGCACAUAACAAGCAGCCCACGGUACCCGCAAGGGAAUGGUGAAGCAGAACGAGCAGUGCAAACUGUCAAAAAACUGCUGGCAAAAACAUCGGAUCCGUUUAAAGCCUUGCUUGCAUACCGCUCUACGCCACUUGCAAACGGAUACAGUCCAGCAGAAUUGUCGAUGGGCAGAAGACUGAGAACAGGUUUACCAACUCUGCCAUCUCUUCACACACCUAAACUCCCAGAUGCAGACAAACUAAAACAGUUUGAAUCCAACUUACGUGCUCAAACGGCAAAUUCGUACAACAAGAGACAUAGAGCAAGAUCUUUGUCACCACUGAAGCCUGGACAAACUGUUUGGAUUAAAGACCAAGGCAUCACUGCGAAAGUGAUCCGACAGCAGGCCCCAAGGUCGUUUGUUUUGAAAACCUCACAUGGAAAUAUUCGACGUAACAGACGGGUGUUGGUGCGACUCCACCAUCCUGAAAAGCAAAAAGAACAAGCAGUUGAUUUUCCAGACGUAUGUGAGGAUGAUCAUGUACCUGACUGUCAAACAGUAACAGUUCCUCAACCAGCUCCAAGUCCCCAGUCUGCCAUACCUACCCGACAAGGAACUUACACAAGGUCGGGACGUUUGUCUGUUCCACCAAGACGAAUGAACCUUUAA